UGACUUGCGAGACAAAGGAGGACCUGCAGACCAGCAGCAUCACCACCAACUUUGGAGGAAAUGCAGAACCUUGGGCCUCCCUGGAGACCUACUGAGUCUGGAUCAACACUUUAACAAGAUUUUCAGGAUAUUCCUGUUGCCCUUGGAAGAGUUCAUAGCAUGGAAUCAAUCUCUAUGAUGGGAAGCCCCAAGAGCCUUAGUGAAACAUUUUUGCCUAAUGGCAUAAAUGGUAUCAAAGAUGCAAGGAAAGUCACCGUGGGUGUAAUUGGAAGUGGGGAUUUUGCCAAAUCCCUGACCAUUCGGCUUAUUAGAUGUGGCUAUCAUGUAGUUAUAGGGAGUAGAAAUCCUAAGUUUGCAUCUGAGUUUUUCCCUCAUGUGGUAGAUGUCACUCAUCACGAAGAUGCUUUAACAAAAACAAACAUCAUAUUUAUUGCGCUGCAUAGAGAACAUUAUACCUCCCUAUGGGACCUGCGACAUCUGCUUGUGGGAAAAAUCCUAAUUGAUGUGAGCAAUAAUAUGAAGGUAAACCAAUACCCAGAAUCCAAUGCUGAAUAUUUGGCCUCACUAUUCCCGGAUUCCUUGGUUGUCAAAGGGUUCAACGUCAUCUCAGCUUGGGCACUACAGUUAGGACCUAAAGAUGCCAGCCGCCAGGUCUAUAUAUGCAGCAAUAACAUCCAAGCUCGACAGCAGGUUAUUGAACUUGCUCGUCAGUUGAAUUUCGUUCCUAUUGACUUGGGAUCAUUGUCGUCAGCCAGGGAAAUCGAAAAUUUACCCCUGCGACUAUUUACUCUCUGGAGGGGGCCAGUGGUGGUAGCCAUAAGCUUGGCCACAUUUUUCUUUCUUUACUCCUUUGUCAGAGAUGUGAUACAUCCAUACGCAAGAAGCCAGCAAAGUGACUUUUACAAGAUUCCCAUUGAGAUUGUGAACAAAACCUUGCCCAUAGUUGCCAUCACUUUGUUGUCCCUGGUAUACUUAGCAGGCCUACUGGCAGCUGCUUAUCAGCUUUACUAUGGAACCAAGUAUAGAAGAUUUCCACCCUGGCUGGAGACCUGGUUACAGUGCAGGAAACAGCUGGGACUACUAAGUUUUUUCUUCACUGUUGUGCAUGUUGCCUACAGCCUCUGCUUACCAAUGAGAAGAUCAGAAAGAUACUUGUUUCUCAACAUGGCUUACCAGCAGGUUCAUGCAAAUAUUGAAAACUCUUGGAAUGAGGAGGAGGUGUGGAGGAUUGAAAUGUACAUCUCCUUUGGCAUAAUGAGCCUUGGCUUGCUUUCCCUUCUGGCAGUCACUUCCAUCCCUUCAGUGAGCAAUGCUUUAAACUGGAGGGAAUUCAGCUUUAUUCAGUCUACCCUUGGGUAUGUUGCUCUGCUCAUAAGUACUUUCCAUGUUCUGAUUUAUGGAUGGAAACGAGCUUUUGAAGAAGAGUACUACAGAUUUUAUACGCCACCAAAUUUUGUUCUCGCACUUGUGUUGCCCUCAGUUGUAAUUCUGGGUAAGAUCGUUUUAUUCCUUCCAUGUAUAAACAGAAAACUAAAGAGAAUUAAAAAGGGCUGGGAAAAGAGCCAGUUUCUCGAAGAAGGUCUUAGAGGAACUAUUCCUCAUCUUUCCCCAGAGAGGGUCACAGUAAUGUGAUGACAAAGGUGCCCACGGAGGCCAUGGGAAGUUCUAUCCGUGCCGUUGUUUUUAUGGUUUCCUCUUCAUUCAGUUGUUAUGUGUAAAAUUACUGUGGUUUGAAGUCUGUUAAAUGGGAUUGUAACUAAAUUAGUGACAGAAUAGUCUUCAAAUUGUCACAGGCGUCUAUUUUACCAAUUAAGAUUUUUGUCUUCAACAUAUUGUUGAAAUUUAAGUAUUUUUUGUCUUGUUUUGCACAACUUAACACCAUUGGUACUUUCCUGUAUUUCAUAAGCAAGAAUAUUUAGGAGUUAAUAAUCUAGAUGUAACAAAAUGUUAAACAAAAAAACACUUCACAAAGCAGAAUUUGAAACUUUGAAUAUAAUUUAAUAGAUACACUGUACUUCCCAUGAAGCAACAGCAAGGUUGUAUUACUCAGCUUAAGAAAUAGAAACGCAUAUCAUAGGUUAUUUAAAAAGGCCACAUUACAUUAGCAUCUACAUAAGGGUGCAUGGUAACAGUCCCGUACUCCUCUCAUGUGUUAGGGUUUGAAGAAGGUUAUUACUUUUAUGAAGCAAUAUGAUUAUAUGAACAAAUCCAAAUUUAAAAAGAGAAACCUGAGAUUAUAUUUGAAAUGCACUGAUACUUAAAACACAUACAGACAAUGCACGGCUCAUGAGAGAGUUUACUAUUUAUCAUGUUACCGAGCAGUUUCAUUCCUCGUAGUGUGUUCAUCAGGGAAGGGACUCAGGAAUAUGGCCUCCAAAAUCAAUACCUUUAACACAGUACCAAUCCUGGGAAUGGUGUCAUCUUUCUGUGAGGAAAGUGUCGGGUUUACAUCCAGGGUUACUUGAUAGCUGAUCCUUGUUGCUGCACUGCUCUCUGUGGCAAGGAUUUUACUGAUGUUCAGCUGGGCAGAAGAAUGCACCAGGCAUGGUUCUAAGCAUUUCACUUGUGUCCGCCCUUGUAAUACUUAAAUCCCUGAGAUAGUUAUCCUUACUUUACAUAAGAGGAGCUGAAGGACAGAAAGGGGAGUCCCCCAGGUUACUCAGUCAGAGGCAGAGUGAGCUUUUAAAUCCCAACACCACCUCCUGGAAGCCCUGAGCCCUGCUUCAUCCCCAUGCGGUCUGUUCAUGAUGCCAGUCUGGAAGCUUCUUUCAUGCAAAGCGAUAGAGCAGGCAGUGUGCAUCAAAAGACACAUAAAAUAGCCCAGGAUUACAUUUACUAUUGCUUGUGGUGGCCCAUGGUUAUUUACCCUGGUCUGGCCUAAACAUAAGCCCAGACCCCAUGACAGCCCGUCCAUCUCCUAUCCAGUGAAGAAUUCAGGCAGAAACAGGCGCUGGCAGUGUUAACAAACUGCCAAGACCUGCAGAUCUUUAGUGAAAUCCGUCAUGUUCUGUGUUCAUUUCAGCAGUACCUAUACUGCAGUCAGUCACCUCCUUUCCUGUUCCUGAGGAACUCUCCUGCCUGCACAGCCAUUCAUUAGGGAGCAGUUUAUUAGCGUAAAGGGCAUUAAAAUAAGUGGUUAAUUAUAAAUUUACUCUAAAGAGAUAUAAUCAUUACAGACUUUUCAUAAACUUUCUCAGUGGCAACACUGCACAUGUAAAAUGCACUUGGUUCAAACCUUGUAAUGUGCUGCAUUGUUUCCAUUUGCUCCUUAUUAAGAUAGAAAGUUGUAGACAAGAUAUAAUUAUACGCAUCUCUGUUUCUCAAAUUAUAUCAUUUCACUAAUUUAAUCUAGCUGCGGGAAACAGGACUUUUAUUUGGUGGAGUCCACCUUUCCACCAGUGGCUCUUUCCAUACUGUGGCAAUUUCUUUCCAGUAAAUCACUCAUAAUUCUUUGAUGUGCUCUUGGUGGUAAAUAUAGUAUCUUCUACUUUCUAAUUGAGCUCUCCACUUAAUUUAAUGUCAAUUAAAUCUCUGCCCUCUCAAUAAUCACUUGCUAGUUUCAGCUGGAUUAUAACCUUUAAGGAAAAUACCUAAAUGUGUUAUUAUCAUGGAAUAGUGAAAAUAACAGCAGAUUUUCAAUACUUGUUCCUUAAAUUUCCAUGCUUUAACCAUUUAAUGUGAAAAUACAAUGUAGUAUUUCUACAAGUUAGAUGACUAUCAAAAAAUAUUGUCAUAUGUAUAUAAUAAGUAACCAGUGAUAUAAGUAAAACUAUCAUUAUUAUGAAUAAGUAGGACCUAUAAAAAAACAAAUUUAUGAAAAUAUGUAAAAGAUGCAAAUGUUAUUUCAAGUGGCAAUAUUUCCUUUUGAAAUUAGCAUAUCCAUUAUAAUUCUAAAUGCUUAAAAGCCUUUCUAAAAGUGCAGCUCUACAGUUAUCUUUUAAUUGCUUUGUUUUACCGUUUCUGGGAUUCUUGUCCUAUUGUUUAUUAUUAUUAUCACUUUUAAACCAUUUUGCUGGCCUCAGAAGUAGGACUGAAUUUGGCUGUUACCACAUGUCAGGAAGUACAUGUGGCUGUCACAUGUCAGGAAGUACAUGUGGCUGUCACAUGUCAGGGGAACUUUAAGAGUAGAGAUUGUUUCUAGAGCUAUGUUCUAUGAAGUGUCCCUGAGAAGUUGUAAGACUGUAAAAAAUAUACCCAGUGUUAAUCCUAUGCAAAGAAAAUCAGGUACAGUGCGUUUUUCCUGUAAGGAAAAGAACCAUUAGCUGUAUCAUGCUACUUAGCUUUUGUGUACUAAUUUCAUGUCUCCUCUAUUAAAAAUAUUUAAAGUCACAUUUCAAUAUAAAUUUAUUCAUGCUAACAUUUAUUUUUAUGACAUUAAAAAAGUUAGCUCAGAUAAUCUACAUGAUAUUUUUAUUUAAAUUUUAAAAUAUUUAGAAAUGUGAAUAAAUUAUAUUUGUAGUUAUUUAUCAGAGAUAAUUAUUUUGUGCUACAGGGUAUCUAAUGAGCUCUAGUGUUAACUACCUGAGUAAUUUCUUAUAAAUUAGCAUAGCUUGAGUUGAUUAGAAAAUCGUAUUUUCAAAAUUAACUUGAUAAUCAUAACAAGGUCUAUUCAUACGCUAGUCAAAUUAUGAAAAUUAUUUGUGUAAAAGGGCUUCAAGAAUAUAUCCAAUUUUUGUAUGUUAUCUCCUAUGUAAUGGUAAAAUGCCAUUUGUUUUGCCUUUUGCCAUUAAAGUAUUUCAUAAUUCUGUAUAGACCUCCCCCAAAAGAAGCUUAUUUAUGAAAUUUAAAAUUUCUUAGGUGGUAUUUUAGAUAAAAUACCGUGAAUGUAACUCUUAAGUAUUUUGUUGAGAAUGCUGUAAUCGCUGAACUAAUCAUACCUGUAUCAGUGUGUAACAUCCUCCAUUAAGUAUUUAGGAAGCCUAAUGUGUUGUAUUGAAAUUACUUUGUAAAAGGAGUACUUUGUAUAUCCUUUACUGUAAUAAUUUUUUAAAUUUAAGCAUUCACUGCAUAUUUUCAUCACCACCUAUAUGAUUUCCAUACCACCAGGUAUGAGGAUGUUUUCACUGAGAUUUUUCUGUAAAAGUUUUCAUAGCUUUACAGAUGCCCAGCAGACGCAGAGACAGACCCUGCCCCAUGGCAUCUGUUUGCCUUUCUCUGUCAACACUGCUGUCCUUCCUGUCCUCAGCCACCCUUGCAUUAGCUGUCCCUGUGCGUGGCGUGAAGCUGGCCAGUGAAGCCAAGGGUCCUCAGUGGAAAUCAGUGUGUUCUUUAUUGUCCAUCUGUCUUGCUGUGGGGUCAUGGAUACAACUGGAGCUGUGAUGCCUGUCCUGAAAGGUCAAAGCCACACCCUAUGGAAGGAAAAUGAGAAUGUAAGAGAGAUUCCGGUGGCUUGGUCACUUCCUGCCUCUGUCCCACACUUAAGCCAUUCUAAGUGAGUCUGUGUGUUCCACGGUCAACAUAAUCCUCUAUUACUUCUCCAGUUCUUUGUCAUGAUCCCAAUUCAGCACUGUUUGUGUAAUAGACAACUGUGAUUCUUUUAAAAGCUUUUAAGGAUAAUAUGCAAUUCAUAUCAAAAUCAAUUUUCCAUUUUAAUUGGAUUCAUUUUAUUGCUUUGAACUUUCAUUAGAUAUUUUGUACUUGCUUGGAAAAAAUAUUGUUUCCUUUGUAACUAUGUAAUUCAUAUUUGCUAAAACUAUGUAAUCUCCAAAAUACUGCUAUCAAAUUACAUGCCAUGUUUUUGUAUCUUUCCCAUAGAGCUGCCUUAUAAACAUUUAAAUAAAGAGUAAUAUUUAAUGUUUUAA